AUGCCGCCAUUUUUGUCGACCUCGAAGGCCCUUUGCUCCUUAGCAUCACGCAAAAGUGGUGUGAGUCAAUUCAUCAGGUCCAACAAAAGCAGAUGCAUCACUGCCAUUACGGGCCAACACAUUCAGCCUUCCAUCUCUCGCGUCGGCUUUUCCUCCAUCAUAGGAGGAUCUAGUAAUAAUAACAAUAAUAACAGUAAUAACAAUUAUAUUGCUGCUCACACUAGACAGUUUCUUGGAUGUGGAGAUGGAGAAGAAGGCAUUCUAUCCAAAACCUACGAGGAGAGACGCGUUUUGGGGUAUUCUCCGGAGCAAUUAUUUGAUGUUGUUGCUGCUGUUGAGUUCUAUCAUGGUUUUGUUCCAUGGUGUCAAAGGUCAGACAUACUUAGGCACCAUCCAGACGGAUCAUUUGAUGCUGAGUUGGAGAUUGGAUUUAAAUUCCUUGUUGAAAGUUAUGUUUCUCAUGUGCAAGUGGACAGACCAAAGCGAAUAAAGACAACUGUGUCACAAAGUACCUUGUUUGACCAUUUGAUAAACAUUUGGGAAUUUAACCCUGGCCCUGUUCCUGGAAGUUGUAAUCUUCAUUUCUUGGUGGAUUUUAAGUUUCACUCUCCACUUUACAGACAGAUUGCAUCAAUGUUCUUUAAGGAGGUAGCCUCUAAGAUGGUAGGUUCAUUUACUGAGCGUUGCCGUUUGAUAUAUGGACCGGAAGUGCGGGUUCAUGAAAGCUCGUAUGGUAAAAGGGCAUAA